GCAGAUACUUUGAUAAUAGUUUUUUAACUGGGUGUACACACAGCUUUGCACCCAUAUAUAUAUAGACCGGCCGCUUUCUCCUACUGCUGUGUGGUCAUUUUCUGCCCAGAGGAAGAAUCUCUACUGUGAAUUCAUGUCGGAAAAGGGACAACCGUUACCAAAGUUUGGUGAAUGGGAUGUCAAUGACCCUGCUUCUGCUGAGGGAUUUACUGUAAUAUUUAACAAGGCCAGGGAUGAGAAAAAAACGGGUGGCCAACCUGAGUCACCAGGAAAGGCGGAUCCUAAUUUUAAGCAUGGAGUGGAUAAUGUCAAGCCUCAGACUUAUCUAAAGAAGUAUCGCUGCAUUUGUCUAUCCCGGCCUGGAGGAUACCAGAUACUCUUCCUCAGAAGUAAACUAAAAAAAUGGUUUUGCUGCAUGCAAAUACCACCUGCAGAAUCUUGACAGCGCCCUCCCUAUGUAGGAGCUUUAGUAGAUGAGCAUGUUAUUCUCCUUAAGAUGGGAGCUUUAGACCAGUGAUGGAAGCUGCUGCAUCCAGUUUGUGUGCUGUAAAACUUCAUCCGUUCGUGAAAGUGUAAAGAUGAAAGAAAAACAAACUUUAUUGUAUCUAUAUAUAUUGGUUUGAUUAGUAUUUGAAGCUAAGCUUUUUGUUUGUCUCAACAUGGGCUGAAGCGUUUGUCCAUGGUACUUUGUUGAACCAUCAUUUGUCAUAUAUGAUUACCGGAGUGGUUUUGGUUUA